AUGUUGAAGCUCUUCUGUUCCACACACACACCCAUCUUCACCUACUACCAGUUCCACUUCCACCAGAUGUUGAAGCUUUUAAGAGCACUUUCUUUCUCAUCAUCUCCCUCUUCUUCUUCUUCUUCUUUUUCUUCUUCCUCUUCCUCUUCCUCUUCUUCGUUAUCCAAUUUCACGAGCACCAUACUCAAAUGUCAAACCCCUACCCAAGCACUAGAGCUCUUCAAUAUUGCGUCAAAGCAAAUGGGCCCAAGAAAGAAUCUUCAUCUUUAUGCAGCGAUUACCCAUGUUUUAGUCAAUGCCCAACGGUAUGUUAAAUCCAGGUGCUUGAUAAAAGACCUCAUCCACGACCUUCAAAAGUUCUGCAACCCCAGCCGUGCUUGUCACUUGGUUUUCGAUGCACUUAACUGCUUAGAAAGCUCAAGGUUUUCUCCAGAUGUGUUUGGAGUGUUAAUUAUUGGGUUAUCCGAGAUGGGCCUUGUUGAAGAAGCCUUGUGGGUGUACCGCAACAUUGGGGUGUUGCCUGCAAUGCAGGCUUGUCAUGCGCUCUUAGAUGGGUUGGGCAAGACCGGUCAGCUCAAAUUGAUGUGGGAACUUUAUAAUGAAAUGAGUUCUCGUGGAUUGUCACCCAGUCUUGUUACAUAUGGCGUGUUAAUUUGUGUAUGUUGUAGAGAAGGCGAUAACUUGAAGGCCCGUAAAUUGUUUGAUGAAAUGGGUGAGAGAGGGAUUAAACCAACGGUUGUGAUCUUUACAUCUAUUAUUCGAGGUCUGUGCAAUGAGGGUAGAAUGGUGGAAGCGGAAAGUAUAUUUAAGAUGAUGGGGGAAGCUGGUGUGCUCCCAAAUCUGUGGACUUACAGUACUCUGAUGAAUGGGUAUUGCAAAUUGGCUAAUAUUAAGCAAGCCCUUAUCUUGUAUGGGAAGAUGCUAGGCGAUGGCUUGCAGCCAAAUGUUGUGAUAUGUAGUAUUUUAAUUGAUGCACUUUGCAAAUUAGGCCAACUGAGAGCUGCAAGGAGCGUUUUUGUAUAUAUGGUUAAGUUCGGCAUUGUUCCUAAUAUAUCUGUGUAUAAUGCUUUGAUUGAUGGGCACUGUAAGGUUCAACAAUUAUCUCAAGCUAUGGAUUUGAAAUCAGAGAUGGAAAAGUUUGGAAUUUUGCCGGAUGGCAUGACUUACAGCAUCCUAAUUAAAGGUCUGUGUACUGUUGGUGGAGUGGGAGAAGCACAUCACUUACUUCAAAAGAUGGAGAAAGAGGGGUUAAUUGCGGUUUCUGUGAUUUAUAAUUCACUAAUUGAUGGGUAUUGUAAAGAACACAAUAUAGGGAAGGCUUUGGAGGUGUGCUCUCAAAUGAUUCAAAUUGGUAUGGAACCCGAUGUCAUCACCUUCAGUACUUUGAUUGAUGCAUAUUGCAAGAUGGGGAACAUGGAAGCUGCUAUGGACUUGUACUCACUGGUGAGUAAAACCCUUGUGCCUGAUAUAGUAACUUACACAACUUUGAUCGAUGGGCAUUUUAAAGUUGGUAAUGUGAAAGAGGCUCAUCGGCUGCAUCAAGAGAUGCUGGAGGCAGGCCUCACACCGAAUGCUGUUACUGUUAGUUGCUUGAUUGAUGGCCUGUGUAAAAAUGGAAGGACUUCUGGUGCAGUCGAACUUUUUCUGGAGAAAACUAAAGCUGGCCCCUCUAUAUAUUCCCCAAAUCACAUAACUUAUACAGCUUUAAUUCAUGGUUUGUGUGAAGAAGGCCAAAUUUUCAAGGCAACCAAGUUCUUUUCGGAAAUGAGAUGCUAUGGUUUGAGACCGGAUGCAUUAACUUACGUUGUCAUGUUAAAUGGGCACUUCAAAGCCAAGCAUAUGAUUGGCGUGAUGAUGCUGCAUGCAGAUAUGAUAAAGAUGGGUAUGAUGCCCAGUGCACGCAUAUGUGCAGUCUUAGCUAGUGGUUAUCGAGAAAGUGGUGACCUAAAAUCAGCUCAGGCAUUGUGA